AUGUCAUCUUGGGCAGAGAAUUUCACAACUGCAGCGACUUGGCAAUUGAAACACCAAAUCGCUUAUUGGAAGUCAAAAGCGAAGGCAUUGGAAUAUGAAAACAAACUACUACAUGAUAUUAUUAAGAAAAAUUACACAAGUGACCUUCCUAUACAGAAACAAAAUGUCAAGAAAGAACAAAGCUUGAAACACGAGUCUAAUAUCGACGACGAAGAAAUUUGCGAAGAAAAUAAUGACAUUGAAGUGAGCGAGGAGUUUAUACAGUUUUUGAAAGAUAAUGCGAAGUUCAAAGAAGACGCUAGACUGGAACGCGAAAAGUUAAAAACCAAGUUAGAUUCAGAAAAUCCCCAGGAUGCAAAUGUGUCUGAGCCUUCUAACAAAGCAGAGAGCUCUGAGGAAAAAUUAAAGGCCUUGUAUGGAAAAGAUUGGCAGAGGAUGUGUGCUUUAGAAAUGUCACUAGAAUGUGAGUUUUUAGAUUCCUGUGAAAGAGAUAAACCUAUGCAUUGGCCCAACAUACCAUUCAAUUUCAAUUUUAGUUGA